CCGCCGCCCCCUCCCCCACUUCCGCCUCCCCCCUCGCUCAUCGCGGGAGGCUCGAACAGCAGCAAACGCUUCAGAAGUUUCUUUUGGAGGACCAUUCCGGAGGAGCAGGUUCGGGGGCGCGCCAACCUGUGGACGCAGGGUCGAGCGCAGCAGCGUUACCGGAUCGACGCCGACACAGUGGAAGAGCUCUUUGGUCAGAAGCAGGACGUGGCUGGAGCCACACCUACCUGGGGAGCAAGGAACCGUGGAUCACUACGGGACUCCAAGGACCAGGUCUCCAUCUUGGAUACCAAGCGAAGCAUGAACAUGGGCAUCUUCCUCAAACAGUUCAAGAGGUCCAAUCAGGCCAUCGUAGACGACAUCCGCAGUGGCAACAGUCAGCCUUACGGGGCGGAGCCUCUACGAGAGCUGAUGAAGCUUCUGCCCGAAGCGGAAGAGGUGAAGAAGAUGAAAGCGUACAGCGGUGACGUGUCCAAGCUGUCGUUGGCGGACUCCUUCCUCUUCCUGCUGGUUCAACUCCCCAGUUACGCCACGCGUGUGGAGUGCAUGCUGUACAAAGAGGAAAUUCCCGGCGCGUGCGAGGCCUUGAGGGGGCACAUCGGAGUCCUUCGCACCGCGACCAAAGAGGUUCUCAACUGCCGGGAGCUGCACGCCAUCCUUCACUUGGUGCUGCAGGCCGGGAACAUCCUCGAUGCCGGCGGUCAAGCGGCGGGCUUCAAGCUGUCUUCGCUUUUGUCUCUGGCCGAAACCAAAGCCAACAAACCGGGAAUGAACCUGCUGCAUUUUGUGGCUCUGGAAGCACAGAAGAAGGAGGAGGAGUUGUUGGACUUCCCGUUGAAGCUCAGUCACAUUCAGGCAGCUUCUAGGAUCUCCUUGGAGACCCUGGACUCGGAAUUGCAGCUGUUGACGUCCCGCACGCGCGCGCUAGAGGAGAAGAUCCGGACGGACGGAGAACUUCUCCGGCAGCUGGAUGGCUUCCUUCGGGACGCCACGGGGUGGCUGCGCUCGCUGCGAGGAGGCCGUCGGCUGCUGAGCGAGGAAGCCGGCGAGCUGAUGAACUUCUUCUGUGAGGACGACAACACCUUCCGCCCGGAUGAGUGCUUCGCCGUCCUGCACGCCUUCUGUUGCAAGUUCAGCCGCGCCGUCAAGGAGAAUAAAGAACAGGAAGCCAGAGAACAGGCUCGGCGCCGUCGUUUACAAGCGCUGGAGGAGCAGAAGAGACAUUCGUGGGCUGGUGGCGAGGAGGUCACCGGCGCCAUGGGCUUGUACUGCAGGAGCGAGACGGACCUCUCUCAAGCCGGCUCACCCCAGGAUGACACCGGCGCUCUACUAGAGCUCCUCUCGCCCAGGUCCGGCAGCCGUCGCGUUCUCCGGGGACGUUCCCGACUUUCGCCGACGCAGCACCCGUCCUCGACGCUGACGCUGUCCGUCUCCGAUCUUGAGCGCCACGGGAAUGCGGAAUUCUCUUCAGUCGGCGGAGGGAUUUCGACGACACUCCUCCGCAAAAACUCUGCAACGGACAACCGCGCACGCGACGCUAGCGAUAAUGUAGCGGCGAUCCUGGAGAAAUGCUCGCUAGUCCCUGAACCGAAGGCCUUUGACGACGCAAGCUGUGCUAACGCGGCUGUAUCGCUAGCUUCAGAUGAGAUGGCAAAGGACACUGCGUGGUGCAUAACCGUCUUGUGCGAAGCAGAACACCCGGUAGCAAAGAACACACCGUCCAUUAGCGCACCGGUCCGGUCCGAGCCUGUUAGCAGCCAACCGUCGCCUUCUUCGCCACCUCGCGUCUACCUUGCGGAUCCCCCUCAGAAGUCCGAAGCUACCCGGACUAAACGCGUGCGCACCCUUAACUCUUCUGAAAAGCAAAGCAUGAGGAGGGUAGUGCCUAUCUCCAGGACUGCUAAAGACAAACGAGGAGAGAAGCCUUCCUCCAACCUCCGGGCUCGAGAUCCAAAGGACCGCCUAGCUCCCGGUCCUCGGAGUUCACCCGGGGAGAAGAUGUGUCGGUCCUCCCUGCGAGCAACCGGGGGCGGCACUGUUGUCAGUGGGACCGCCGCCACUCCUCCUCCUGCCCCACGGUUCGCUAGAAACACCGCUUCUUCCUCUUUGAGACAAACCCACUCCAACAACCAACGGUCAAACGUCCCUAAAUGUCCUUCAGAAGCAUCUAUCAGAGGACACUCUCGCGCCUCCUCGUCCAUGCCUAAGAGGACUCAGAGCGCCAGGACGUCUGUCAACACUGGGGUCACGACCCCGGACUCCCCCGUCCCAGCUAAAGACAAAUCCAGCCAAUCGCAGCGCUCGACCAAGAUCUGCAGACCCAGCUGGAGAUAA